AUGGCAAAGAUCAUAAAAUCCUUAUUCAAUUCAACGGAAAGAAGAAAACUCUCAAGGUUUGAAGAGAAAGACGAAGAGAACAGUAUCCCACCACAAGAUUUCAGAAGGAAAUUGUCUAUAUCACGAUCUGGUAGAAUGCGGCAGGCUAACAAGAAGAGACAAUCGUUGUCUUUGGAUGUUUAUGGUCAGGAUAAUACAGAUAAAACGAAGGCCGAAAUUGCUGGCAGUAAAGAAAAGCAAGGAAAGCCGGAGAGUAAGAGGCGUCACAGUACAGAUGUCUUGAACACAGAUGAAGAAAUCGAUAAUGCGUUUGAAAUUAUCGAUAAAAGCUAG